GUUUUGCUUGUUGUGUUUAUGAGGUCGCCUUCCCUAUUCUACCAUGGCAACGGAGUUUUGGCCAGUUGUGUGGUCUUUUUGGAAUUGAUUUUUGUAUUUGCGGCAAUAGUUUGCUGAGGUGAGAUUUUGGCAAAAGAAUAUCAGGAUUAUACGAGGCAAUUUCUGUGGAUUUGAAUGAUGUCAUGUACAUUCCGUCCUGAAUAUGGGGCAAUCAGCCUUCGCAUAGUCCCAUGUGGGCUUAGGAGUGGGAUGUUCCUCUAAUUGGGAUGGCUGAAUAUGUGGGCAAAGAAAACCUUUAGAAAUGGACACAACGACAAGCACAGAAGCGGGCACUCUCUUGAGAGCACAAAACAUGUCAACUUGGAAAAGCAAGCUCCGUCAUUGUCUAAAACGCAACGUGCUCUUGAUAGCCAUCAUCACGUCAGUAGUCCUUGGAGUGAUUCUCGGAAUGUUUACUCGUCGGCUGAAACCCAGCCCACACACUGUCAGUCUUAUCAGUGUCCCCGGCGACCUGCUGAUGCGCAUGUUCAAGCUGUUACUGCUGCCCCUCGUAAGCUCCAGCAUGGUCACAGGUGUGGCAAACCUAAACAAGUCACGUGGCAAGUUAGGCAUUAUGACGUUGGCGUAUUAUCUCUGCACCAGUGUUAUCGCCACUGUCCUCGGAAUCGUACUGGCGAUCACUGUACGACCAGGGGAAGUCACCAAAACAGAUCCACUUUCUGACAGAGUCCAUGACAUGCCAUUGCCCGUAACGACGGACGCCAUAUUAGACCUCUUGAGAAAUAUCUUCCCCGAAAACAUCAUGCAAGCCGCAUUUCAACACUCAAAAACAACAUUCACCAAGUACAUGACUGAGCCUGUGAACACUAAUGGAACGACACUUACAAAACACAGUUCAACGAAAUAUGGUGGAUAUAUUUGGCAGAAAUCCGUGAACUACCAAGAUGGCAUGAAUGUCACAGGGAUCCUGUUGUUUUUUGCGGUGUUUGGUGUGAUGCUGAAUAAGCUGGGCGAGUCUGGUCGUGCUAUGGUGGACUUCUUCCACGUUCUGAAUGAAAUAACCAUGAACAUGACAAAAUUGGUUAUGUGGUACAGUCCUAUAGGUAUUCCUUUCAUCAUCAUGACAAAAAUUAUUGAAGUACCGGAUUUAGAGACAUCAGCUCAACAACUGGCUAUGUACAUGGUCACUGGUCUCCUUGGUCUGGCUAUUCAUUCACUGAUUGUGCUGCCAACUAUCUACUUCACACUAACCAGGCAAAAUCCAUUCCGGGUGUCCCUUGGCAUGGUAGAGUCGCUGCUGACUGGACUGGGUACAAGUUCCAGCGCAGCGGCUCUGCCUCUUACUAUACGCUGCUGCGAGGAGAAGCUGAAAUUCAGUAAGCCCAUCUGUCGGUUCGUGUUACCCAUAGGAGCAACUAUAAAUAUGGACGGUUUGGCCAUCAUUCAGGCUCUCACACCUAUCUUCCUGGCUCAGAUGAACCAGAGGAUGCUCACAUUUGCAGAUUUAGUAGCAAUCAGCCUGUCUGCAACUCUGGCAAGUAUCGGUGCUGCAGGAGUCCCUGGAACUGGCUUCAUCACCAUGCUACUGGUUGUGGCUGCUGUGGGUUUGCCCGUAGAGGAUGCUUACAUAGUGCUUGCCGUGGACUGGUUCAUGAUGCGCAUGGUGACAAUGGUGAACGUUUAUAACGACAGUUUGGCAGCAGGCAUACUCACGAAAUACUUCACUCCGCCUUCUAACUCAGAAGAGAUUUCAAACUAGAAUGUCUCGCCCUUUUUAAUUGAUGGAUUGCCACUGUUUUGCCUGACCCGAACGACCACUGUGAUGUACAUGUAGACUUGUAAUACUUCCACAAAGAUAACUUAGGUGAUAAACCAACUGACUUUGGAAAUUUGAUGAAGUCCCGCUGUUUUAGUAGAUACUUAUUUUCCCAAUUUGGAACAUAGGGCUUUAGGACAGUCAUUUGCGAGUUUCCGUGCCCCAGUCGUAUAAGGCGCCACGAUUCGGUGUGCAGUGUUGCGUCCCUUGGGUACGCUAGAAACCAAUGAUUAUGGGUUCGAAUCCUGGCUCGCCCUGAUUAGGUUUCUAGAUGUCGGGAUAUUUGUUCGUGAGUUUGUGUGGCCUUUGGGAUAGAGCAGUGUUGGAAAUCCCCUCAUGCCAAAUCCUAACGUUGGCGGUUGACGGAGAUGAAUAUCGAUCACACAAAAAGUUUGUA